GUGGCAUCGCAGGGAGUUCCGUCUGCAGUUGACCCAGGAUCGGUCCGCCUUCUCGGAAGACUUCUCCCUGGUGACGAGCAGAGGGCGUGUCCAGGCCAGCCUCGACCACAUAUAUUCCGGACACGUCGCAGGCGCCCCCGGCAGCCGCGUGGUGGGCGCCAUGAUGGACGGCGUGUUCAGCGGGCGCAUCUCGCUGACGCCGGGCGACGACGACGGGGACUUCUACGUGGAGCGGGCCGGCCCUUACCUGUCCUCGUCCUCCUCGCCGACGGCUCUCUACCACUCGCUCAUCUACGCCGCGAGGGACGUGAGCUUCGACGGCGCCGGAUGCGGAGUGCACGGACACGCGCAGGACAGCCUGGACGACGCUCGACAUCGGCGCGCAUCUGCCGGAACGACCAAGAUGAGACGAGCCGAACCCUCCAUGCCGUGUGCCGGAGCGUCACCUUCUGUGGAGACCCCGGCGCCACAGACACGCCGCACCAACGGCAGUGCCCCAGGUCACGUGACGCCCGAGGCCGAACCCCGGUGGUCCAACCGGAGGACGGUCGUCGGCGCCGGAGAUCUGUCGGGCGGCGCGCACUGGCAGCUACGCAGCGGCGUACAGAGGGUGUGCAACCUGGAGAUCAAAGUGGACCACACCUUCUACGGGGUGGUGUCUUCGGAUCUCAACGGCGACGCGACCAAAGUGCGCGCCGCCAUCACGGAGAUGGUGUUCACGCACGUGGCGUCAGCCACUGAAAUCUUCGGGCGCACAAACUUCCACGGCAUCACAGACAUCUCGUUCGUCGUGCAACGCUUGCAGAUCAACGAUUCCAGCCACUGCGAAGGCUCGGUACGGGACACGAACCCAUACUGCAGCGACACGCUGGACGCAGCGCACACGCUGGCCGAACUGUCCAAAAGCGACCACAACAUGUACUGCCUGUCGUACCUGUGGACGUACCGCAACUUUCUCAAAGGCACGCUGGGCCUGGCCUACGUCGCUGAGACCAACGGCAACGCAGGCGGCUUGUGCGAUAAGUUCCAGUCGGACGUGUCGCUGCAGUUGUCCACUGACUUCACGGGCCAGGUCAGCCUGAACACGGGCGUCGUCACCUUCGUCAACAAGAAUGUGCGCGUGCCCCACAGGGUCUCCGAGGUCACCUUCGCCCACGAACUGGGACACAGCUUCGGCGCCCAGCACGACCCUCCCGAGUGCGUACCCGGUGGCAAUGUGGGCAACUUCCUGAUGUUUGACAGCGCCACUCACGGCACUUUGCCCAACAACAGGCGCUUCUCCGUGUGCAGCAUCCGCAAAAUCUCGGCCGUCCUUGCGCAGAUGUUCUCCGGACAGGGUGCCCGCGCAAACUGCCUCCAGGAGCUCCACGGUCCCUUCUGCGGCAACGCUAUACGGGAAGAGGACGAAGAAUGCGACUGUGGGUUCGACUGGCGCGAGUGCCGCGAGAUGUGCUGCUACCCGCGCGAGCACGGCCAGCUAAACCGCAAGGGCUGCACGCUGCGACCAAACGCCAAGUGCAGCCCGUCGAACAGCGCCUGCUGCAGCGACUCCUGCCAGUACCGCAACUCUACCUGGGUCUGCAGGAACGACGACGACUGCCAGUUCGAGGCCUACUGCGACGGUUCGGGUGACAAGUGCCCUCCUUCUGAGAACAAGCGCGACGGCGUUCUGUGCAACCACCACAGCCAGGUGUGUCGGGCCGGCGAAUGCACGGGCUCCCUGUGUCACCUGCACGACCUGGAGGAGUGCUACCUCACCGGAUCGCAGCGCACGCCGGACGAACUGUGCCUCGUCGCCUGCCGGGAGAAUGUGACCGGCAGCGCGUGCAUGGAGGCGUGUCACUUCGAGCGGAUGAAGGACUUCUGCAACAAGAAGAUGGAGCCGGGAGCGCCGUGCGACAAUAUGCGCGGCUACUGCGACGUCUUCCAGCGGUGCCGCCUGGUGGACGCCGAGGGCCCCCUCGCCCGUCUGCACUCGCUUGUGUUCGGCGGGCGGGGCCUGAAGAAUUUGCUCGUGCGCUACUGGUACUUCACCCUGAUGGCCGUGACUGCGUGUGGCGGGGUCACGGCUCUGCUUGUGAAGCUGUGCGCCGUACACACACCGAGCAGCAACCCGCUCCUCAAACGACCACAGAAGGUCGUCGACACCGUGCUGAGGCCAAUGAGCUUGUUGCGCGCUUGACACACCCAACCGCGAACUCAUUGGCUGCAGGUGUGAUUGUUCCACACCUGUGCGUGGAACGACGAAGUUGCAGGCACUCCUUGAAGAUAGGCCGCCACGUUGUCACGGCAACUGCAGGAUGUGCGAACAACGAUGGUACCAGAAACUAUUUGUCGCGGAACAUGACUCCAAUACACAUAAACCAAAGUCAACUGCUUCAGCUCGAUUUCAGAAUUAAAUAUUUGAAUUAAAUCAUGGGUUUUACAUUUCAAAA